CGGGCGGUCGUGUACUUCGGAUGUGAGAAAGACCAUUCCGCGGAAUUUUGAAUAAAAAGUGCAGCGGUAAAAAUACAUACAAUCUGAAAUAUGUAUGUAGAAAGACAGGGCACUUAGGAUAUUCAUUUUUGGCGUCCAGUGCGUGUAGAUAAAGUGCGUUCCGCUGGAUAAAUUCUACGGAAAUAUUCGCAGGGAAAAAUAUUCCCAUACUAACGCAAAAGGUUUUUAUAUAAGAGGCAAGCGGGCAUUAUUUUUAAUUUAGCUGUUGAUAUUAUGCAUAAAGCGAAGAGAGAAAACAAACAUCAAAACAGAAUAGAAUCAGCGAAGCCGGGAGAGUGCCGAGAAGAAUUCUACGGCCUGGUUCUAAAAAAUCUUUUUCUUUUCGAAUACCGCGGCGAAAGUUCGUGUGUGUACGUGUCAAAAUAUUUAUAUGUGCACACGCUCGGUGGAUUAUUUGUUUUGGUGAAUUUCCAUUAGCCGCAGUGCACUAGUCGUAGUCGUAGUCAUAGUCUUAGUCGUAGUCCCACAUUGUCCAUUUACCAGGAAGCAAAAGUAUAAAAAAUCCAAAAAUCAGCCGAUCAAUUCACAUCUUAAUUUACUUUAGCUGCGUGCAGGAACAGCAACAAAAGAUACAUAAAUUGAGAUACUAGCGGGUAUUAAAUAAAGGAAUCCAACAGAUAUAGAAAAUGUUUUCCUUUGGUGUUGCUGUUUCUGCUGCUGCUGCUGCUGCUGCUGUCGCUAUAAAUAUUUACAACGCCCGUCUUGUAUACAAAGUGUAAAUAUGUAGAUACAUUCUGGUAGAUACAUUUCGCGUACAUAAACUGUUUCAAUUGUUUUAUUGGCCUGCUCAUGGACAAAGCUGGGCAGAAUUGAAAGUGAAUCAAGUGAUAUGUACUGACCAGCAAAGAAUACUUUUGUUCAAAACGAAAACCUCCUCCUAUGUAAACAGCCAAAAUGUCGAAGAAGCCACGUGGACACAUUCACAAGAUCAGAGAGUUCGAAUUGGAGAAGAUCCAGCUUGUGGACGAGUUUGAUAUCAUACAGAUUGUUGGCGAAGGAUGGUUUGGGAAGAUUCUAUUGGUGGAGCAUCGGGGAUCACAGACAGAGAUGGUCCUAAAAGCUGUACCCAAACCAUAUGUAACCCUUCGAGAUUUUUAUCGGGAAUUCCACUAUGGACUCCAUUUGGGUGUUCACCGACACAUUGUGACCACAUAUGAUGUGGCAUUUGAGACAGCGGGAUUCUAUGUUUUUACCCAAGAAUAUGCUCCACUAGGGGAUCUCACAUCGAACGUGACCGAUUCGGGUGUGGGCGAAGUUUACAGCAAGCGUGUGGCGAAGCAAUUGGCCUCGGCCAUUGACUACAUGCAUUCAAAAGACAUUGUACAUAGGGAUAUUAAAUUAGAUAAUAUCCUCAUCUACCGUUCGGACUUCCAGCGCAUCAAGCUCUGCGAUUUCGGCGAGUCCUUUCCGACAGGAACUACUGUGGAGCGGCGCAACGAGUGGCUGCCCUACAGUCCGCCUGAAGUAUUAGAAAUCAAGCCCGAAGGCAGUUACAAAGCCGAUCCCAGCCAUGAUGUUUGGCAGUUUGGCAUUGUCAUUUUUGUGUGCCUAACUGGUUGUUUGCCCUGGCAGAAGGCUGCCUCCGAUGAUCCCAGAUAUGUGAGAUAUGUGGCCUGGCAGGGCGGCCUAAUGAUGAUGCCUCUGCGGCGAACUCCACGACUCUUCAAGCUCCUUACCUCGAAUGCCCAGAGAAUGUUUAAGCGCUUUUUCGCCAGGAUAUCCAAUCGACCCAAAAGCCUGGCUGAUGUUACCAAGUUCCUAGACGACCGCUGGCUGGCCAAGACUGCUCAAAAGGAGAUGGCCGAGUACGAAACAGAUGAGUUAUGCCCCUCCAUGUACUCUUUCCACAGCAGCCCAGAUGAGAAGAAUAAGCUUCUCUACACUUUGGCGGACUGCGGGAUUGAAACCAAUGUAGAUCGGCAGCAGAAGAAGAACCGCAUUAAAGACUGGAUAGAGUCAUCCAUCAUCACGGAGGAGGAUGAGGAGGAAAACGAAGAGACCAAUUCCGCAUCACCAUCCUCGUCGGUGUCUCGUGAACCCCUUCCUGGUCACAUAUCUUCGCUGCGCAAGCCAACAAGCCCAGCGGAGAACACCAAGGAGAUCAACAGCACCCUAAAGGACGCUACCCAGAAGCACUUCGAUCCGCGCACGGGAGCCCUCCAACAGGGACCCAGUGAGAUGGGUCAGGUUCCCAUGUCGUAUUCCAAAUCGGCCAGUCCCUCUUCCAACUAUAGCACAACCGCUUCUACACUGAACAACGCUGAUAGCUUGCUAACCCUGGGCUCACGGCAGGAUCUGCUGGCCAGCAACCUGACCAUGUACACCUCCAUGGAGACCGAACUGAACCGUCUAGGUGAGGCUGAUCCUCGGCUGAACCAGCGCUCCCAAAGCAACAAUCCCCUGCUAACUACCUUCGAUGUGAACACCUCUCCCGCUGCCAAAAACUCAAUUGGUGUUGGCACCCGCGGCUCCAGCCGAAGCAUCCUUAAGUCCUCAAUCGCCACCGCUGCUUAUCCCGCUUUGGGCGUUUUUAACCAUGGCCAGAGCCACAGCCUUCAGCAGCUGAACCAACACCUGCAAACAUCCACGGGCUUUACUCCCAAUAAGACCACCUUCUUUCGGCGAUGACAACCCCCGCCGGCUAAUCAGUCACUAAUCAUCCUUGCCGCACUUUCAGAGCUUUAUGGUGAUGCCCGGCACUCGAGCUAUGCUAAUCUCCCAUAUGCUUCUCAAGUUAAAGACAGUGCAUACGGAUCGGCCGAUGUUAGCGAGAUGGCGGCGGCCAGCAG